GCUGUUUGUAAAUUAGACACUCAGAGCAGGUUGUCCCCGAACUCCAGAAGUCCAACAUGAUCGGGUCAGACACGCAGUGGCUGCUGGGAAACGUAGGCCUACUUAUUUCUUUUUUACUUUCACUUCAUGAUUGUGUCGCAGAAAGAAACCCAGCAGGUUCUCAGACCCAGCAGUUGAUCUUCUGUUGAAUUCGUCUCUGAUUUUUCCAGCAGAGUGACAUCAUGGCGGCUGCACCAUCAGAUGGUCAGCGCCCUCUGAAGCGCAUCAGAAGCUACGAGUUCCUGCCUCCUAACAUGUCUGAGCUGAGGGUUGUUCUGCUGGGGAACAGCUGGUCUGAGAGGAGAAAAGUGGGGAACUUCAUACUGGGAGUGACUGGAUUCAACACUGAGGUGGAACCAGACCGCUGUCUGAGAGUCAGUGGACCAUUGGAGGAGAAAAAAAUAGUUGUUAUCAACACUCCAGAUCUGCUGCAUCCCAACAUCUCUGAACACAAACUAACAGAACAUGUGACAAACUGUGUGAGACUCUCUGAUCCUGGACCUCAUGUGUUCCUGCUGGUUCUACAGCCUGAAGACUUCACUGAGGAACACAAACUGAGGCUCUGCAGAGUCCUGAAACUCUUCAGUGAUCGAUCAUUUGAUCAUUCACUGGUUCUGAUAUCAACACCCAGAGACAAGAGUCCAGGUUUCAUGGACAAAUACAUGGAACAGCCUCCAUUAAAAGACCUGAUCAGAAAAUGUCGAUACAGAUACCUGAAGCAGAAGAACCUUGAACGUCCAGAGCUGUUAACACGCUUGAGUCAAAUCGUAAAGGAGAACAAUGGAGAGCAUGUCAGCUGUGAUAUGUUUGAGGACGCAACAGCUUCUUUACCAGCUGAUCAUCAAAGUCCAAAACAAAAGGGAACACACACUCCAAUCAUGGAUGCUGUUAAAGCUACUGGACUAAAGGUUAAAAAAAUCACUGCACAUUUAUCAGAGAAAAACCCUCACGCAUCUGAAUUCAGGAUUGUGCUGCUGGGAAAAAGUGAGGACAAUCAGACAAAACUUGGUAACUUCAUUAUCGGAGACCAAGAUUUUAUUUUCCAAAAACCUUCCCCAAUCACUAACUUUGUGACCAAUGGAGAGUGGAGAGGAAAACCAUUAACAGUAGUGAAAACUCCAAACAUCUGCAGUCUGACUGAGGAGAGAGUGAGAGAAGAGAUGAAGAGGUGCAUCAGUCUUUGUCCUCCUGGACCAAAUGUUCUGCUGCUGUUAGUGAAGCCUUCUGAUUUCACUGAGGAGAACAGACAAAAACUGAAGUUCAUCCUGAGUUUGUUUGGUCAAGAUGCUUUUAAACACUCAAUGGUCAUCACGACGCAUGAGGGGAAUAUAACACGUAGCUCUGUCAGUCAGCUGCUUAAAGACUGUGGAGGAAGACAUUACAACAUGUUAAAAAAUGACCACCGAAAGUUAAUGGACAAGAUUGAGAACAUUGUGCAUAAAAACAGAGGAACCUUCCUCACCUUCACUGAAGACACUGAACACAUCAAACCAGCUUUAAACCUGGUUCUGUGUGGGAGAAGAGGAGCAGGGAAGACUUCAGCAGCCAAGGCCAUUUUAGGUCAGACAGAGUUUCAUUCAGUCUCCGUCUCAUCAGAGUGUGUUAAACAUCAGGGAGAGGUGUGUGGACGUUGGGUUUCCCUGGUGGAGCUGCCUGCCUUGUAUGGAAAACCUCAGGAGGCAGUGAUGGAGGAAUCACUCAGGUGUAUCUCCCUCUGUGAUCCUGAGGGCGUCCAUGCCUUCAUCCUGGUCCUACCUGUGGGUCCCCUCACUGAUGAAGACAAGGGAGAGUUAAAGACCAUCCAGAACACAUUCAGCUCUCGAGUCGAUGACUUCACCAUGAUUCUGUUCACUGUGGAGUCAGAUCCUGCAGCUCCAGCUGUUGUUAACUUUAUAAAGGAAAACAAGGACAUCCAGGAGCUCCGUCAGAGUUGUGGAGGAAGAGAUGUUGUUCUUAACAUCAAGGACGAGCAGCAGAUCCCAGAGCUGCUGGACAUGGUGGAAAAGAUGAGAGUUGAAGGAUCCAGAUGUUUCACAAAGGACAUGUUCACCAGGGCUCAGAUGGAGAAGGCUGUAGAGCAGGAGAACAUUAACUCAAGACUUAAAGCUGAACUGCAGGAUGUUAAAAAGAAAAGUGAGAUGGGAACUGAUGACAAAGUUCAGAACAAAGAGUGUCUCAGGAUGGUGCUGAUUGGGAAGACUGGCAGUGGGAAGAGUGCAACAGGAAACACCAUUUUGAGCAAAGAACAUUUUAAAUCCAGAGCCAGUCAGAAGUCGGUGACCAAGUUUUGCGAGAAAGCAUCAGGAGAGAUUGAUGGACGACCCGUUGUUGUGGUUGACACCCCCGGCUUGUUCGACACGACUCUGUCCAAUGAUGACGUCCAACAGGAGCUUUUGAAAUGCAUCAGCAUGUUGUCUCCUGGACCUCAUGUGUUCUUACUGGUGCUGCAGAUUGGUCGAUUUACACAGGAGGAAAAAGACUCUGUGGAGCUGAUCAAGAAAUACUUUGGCAAGAAUUCACAACAUUUCAUCAUCGUUACAUUCACCAGAAAAGAUGCACUAAAAAAUCAAACAUAUGAAAGUUACAUAGAAGAAGACUGUGAUGACUUUGUAAAAAAACUGAUACAUGACUGUGGAGACAGACACCAUUUCUUCAAUAAUGAGGAUCCAAAUAAUCGUACUCAGGUCAGCGAGCUGCUGACAAAGGUUGAGUUAAUGGUGAGGAAAAAUGGUGGCAGCUGCUACACCAAUGAGAUGUUCCAAGAGGCCGAGGCAGCAAUAAAACACGAAGUGGAGAAAAUCCUGAAGGAGAAGGAAGAAGAGAUGCAGAGGCAAAAAGAAGAGCUUGAACAAAAACAUGAGGAAGAAAUAGAAGCGAUGAAAAGAAGAAUGGAAAAAGAAAUUGAACAGGAGAGAAAAAUUAGAGCAAAGCAACUUAAAGAAAUGGAGGAAAAAAUAAAGAAGGAAGAGGAGAUGAGAGCAAAAGAACAAGAAAUGAGGGAUGAAGAAGAGAGGACAAGAAAACAACAGGAAGAAAUUCAGCGACAGGAGUGGAAACAGGAACUUGGAGUUUUGGAGAAGAAAAUAAAGUCAGAAUCAGAGGAAAAGGAAACCAUUGAUAGAGAGUUGGAGCAGAGCAGAGAGGAGAUGAGAAAGAAACAAGAGGAGUGGGAGAAGGAGAGGAAAGAAUGGUGGGACAAACGAUAUCAAGAAAACGAACAGAAGCGACAGGAAGAAGAAACAAAACGUGAAAAGCUUCAAGAAGAAUACGAGCUGGAAAGAGAAAAAUCUGACAACAAGAGAAAAGAAGAAGAUCGAAUCAGAAGAGAACAGGAGGAGAAGGAGAGAAAAGAAUUAGAGGAAAACUAUAAGAAAAAACUGGAGGAAAUGAAGAAGAAAUAUGAAGAGGAGGCCAGAAAACAGGCAGAAAAAUUCAACGAGUUCAGACAGAAAUACACCAAAGACUUUACAGCCUUAGUAGAGAAACACAUGGAGGAAAUACAGGAACUGAAGCGGAAGCAAGAAACACAACUGCAACAGACAGAAGAGCAGCGUAACAAACAGUACAAUCUGUUAGAAGAGCUCUCAAGUCACAAAGAAAAAGGACUGAAAGAAGAAAUGGAUGUCUUGAAGACAAAGCAUGAACAAGAAAUUAAGAAACUAAAACAGGAAUAUAAAGACAAAUGUAUCAUCCUCUGAUCUCCACGGAUUUAUUAGAAGAUGACUCAACAGUUAGGCCACCAGGAAACUUUUCUGACAUCUGACAGUCCCUGUCUUGGUAACGAUGUUUUAUCAAGAUUUCUUUGUGAUAUAGGACUUGACCUCAAAAUUUUCAUUUGGUUGCUAUAAAAUAUGGUGCUGUAGUGGACUAUGUUAUACUGUAAGUGUGUUACUAUUUUAUAUCUGCUCUAUUUACAUAGAAUAUACAGAAUAUUAGAAACUCCUCUGAAUAUAAGGCAGUGUUCAGUGUGCUGCCGUCACUAGCAAUGAGUCCUCCUCAAUGACAAAUACAGAACACUGUAGGCAUCAAACAACCUUAUUACAGAACAUCUGUAUUGGACUGCAUUAGCUCGCGCAGAUGUACCUAAUAAAGUGGCCACUGAGUUUAUAUCAGAACAUAAAUUACGACAGUGUGUUCCGUUCAUGCUGUAGGGUAAUCUUUAAACAGUUAUUGACAGACCUUUACAUAUUUUUUCUAAUAAGAUAUCUUUUCUGUCUUCAUUUUACUUUUGACUUUGCUGUCAGUUUAUUUUAGCCUCUUUGAUUUCAUAUCACAUUUAUGUUGUUGCCAUUCUGAACUCCUGGUAUACCCUUAUAUACAAAUCUACACAGGCACAUGAUGUUUGUAUGUUGAUCUCAUUGAUCGUGUAAAAGUUUGUUGGGGAAGAUUUUAUACACACUGGUCUGGAUGCUUCUUGUCUCUAAAUUCUUUCAAUAGUAAACAUGAAUAAAAAUAAUAAACGACUAUUUUAAUAAUC